UAAUAGGUGUAGUGACAGAAUUUCAUUACAGUUCAGCUUUCUCGACUGAACAUAAACCUGUUUAUUCCCAGUGUGAGAUCCCCUUCCAAUGUCUCUUAAACAGGCAGUAUGGAUGCGCAAAGAGGAAAAAAUGGCGAAGUAUAGUUUUUGGCACACUAUUUUUGUUUCGAGCUGUUUCAUUAAUGCAGCAUUCUGCCAGGAUGACUUGAAGAGAGCAAUGUACAACUCAUUUCGUCUUGCCAUUGGCAGCAGACCUGACAAGAUCAAGGAACCCGGAGCGCGAGAAGGGUGCAGCUGAAACUAAACAUAAACACAUAAAAAUUACAAUGUGCUCUUGUUGCUACAUCAUCUUUCAAGAAGAAAAAAGUCAGAAUCGGCAGCCCUGAUGUCACAAGCAAACCACCAGCCGGUGGGUAAAACAUGGAUGCUGUUAUUUAAAAAAAAACGCUUUUACUGUUAAUGGCAUUAAGUCUAAAUGCUAGAGAGAAAAAGUUUAUGCAAACAGUAAACUGUCUGAAAUGUCAGUGUGCGUGUGUUGGGGGACAGGACUACUCGACGAAAGAAAAAAAAACAUGAGGGUGGGGUGAUGUAAAAAGGCUUUAGACAGGCGUCGCCCCUCUAAAACAAGAACGAGCAAAAUCUAAACACUAGGCGCUGUAAUUUGUCCCCUUUUGUAGUGGCACACUCAGUCUUUACUAAGGGAGGCCGGGGCGGGGUAGCUUUACUGACUUCUGACGUAGAGCCCCUUCAGUCUUUUUUUGGGGGAGUGCAGCUGAUUGGCUGGACUGCUCGCGGCACGCGUAGCCAAAGUUUUGUUGGGAGUUGAGACUCGAGCAGAUUUUAGACUGAAGUGUGACGUGGUUUGCCCACUCAGUGGCUGGACGUUCUGACUUGGUAUAUUGAGGCUCGCGGGAAUUAAGAAGAGUCAGGGGGAUAUCACCCUUUGCAAUGUAUUUGCUUCGCAAGAGAAUGUGGACAUGAAUAUCAAGGGCGGAAAGAAAGCUGACUCGCAUGUAAGCGGUGAAAAAUCAAAACUUUUUGAGGUGCCACCCUUUAGUUCUCAUGUCUUCUCAUAGCGCCACCAGAUGUAGUCGGGGCUAUGCAGCCUGUUGCAAGGAAUUAAAGAACUAAGAAGUUAAAAGAGUAGGACCUGUAGAGAGAAGGCGCCACUCUUUGUGGGUCCAAUAUCACAACUGCCUCUGUAAAUUGCGUUGAGAAACGAACACUAAUACUUAGGUGCACGAGAAAACUGACUGCAGCAUCUUUCUCAAGCCCCAGGCUAGAAUGUGUUGUGUCCUACGGCUUCCUCCAGUCCACCGGUUCCAAAUGCGUAGUUCUUGGCAAUUCUUCUCCCACCUGGUGGCGAUGGUUGUGAUGGUGCUGAUGAGCAGGGAGGCGCAGGGUACCACGGUCAGAUACCGAGUCUAUGAAGAACAGAAGGUGGGCACGGUAAUUGGCCGACUCUCGGAGGACGUAGCUGACAGGUUACCCCAAGACGUAGUAAUAAUGUUUCGGACUAUGCAGAAGGGCAAUACAACACCGCUAGCCGUGAAGGAGGACAGCACCGGGGAAAUCACUGUGCAGAAGCGGCUGGACCGCGAACAGCUCUGUCCUAAGGACCCAAACUGUACAAUCGAGUUUGAAGUGAUCACCUUGCCCACUAGCCUCCUUCAGCUGUUCCACGUAGUUGUUGAGGUUCUGGACAUUAAUGACAACGCACCGCACUUUUCUCGGUCUGUGAUCCCCAUAGAGAUCUCGGAGAGCGCAGCGGUGGGGACCCGACUGCCCCUGGAUGGAGCUUUCGAUCCCGACGUUGGAGAGAACGGGCUGCACGACUACUCACUAGCGGCCAACGAUGCCUUCAAAGUAGAAGUGCUGAGCCAAAAUGAUGGCACCAAAUAUGCCAAGCUCGUAGUGGUACGGGAAUUAGACAGAGAAAGACAGGCAAGUUACGAGCUGCUUUUUAUUGCUUCCGAUCGGGGGAUACCUCCAAGGUCUGGAUCUGCUCUGCUGCGCAUCACCGUGUUGGACUCCAACGACAACAGUCCAGUAUUUGAGCGCCAGUCAUAUGCCCUCCGUCUGCCGGAGAAUGCCCCAGUAGGCUCUCUUCUCAUUGACCUUAAUGCAACAGACCCGGACGAAGGCGCGAAUGGCAAGGUGGUUUACUCUUUCAGUAGCCAUGUGUCUCCUAGGAUCACAGAAACGUUUAAGAUCGACCCCGAGUCUGGUCACUUGACGCUUAUCAAGCAAGUUGACUAUGAGAGUACGAAGUCUUAUGAGAUUGACGUGCAGGCUCAGGAUAUGGGUCCGAACUCAAUCCCAACCCAUUGCAAAAUCACUAUAAAUGUUUUGGAUGUUAACGACAACAAGCCCGAAAUCAAUAUCAAUCUAAUGUCACCUGGGAAAGACGAGGUAGCUUACAUCUCGGAAGGAGUACCCCCAGACACCUUUGUGGCUUUGGUGAGGGUACAAGACAAGGACUCUGGUCUGAACGGGGAAGUAGUAUGCAAACUUCAUGGCCAUGGGCAUUUUAGGCUUCAAAAGACGCAUGAAAACAAUUACAUUAUUCUGACUAAUGCAAGUCUGGACAGAGAAAAACGAUCAGAAUACAGUCUGACAGUCAUAGCUGAAGACAAAGGGAUACCAGGCCUUUCCACAGCAAAACAUUUCACAGUGCAGGUUGCAGAUGAAAACGACAACGCACCACAUUUCCAAAAAAGCAGGUAUGAAAUAUUUUUGUCAGAAAAUAAUUUUCCAGGAAAAUAUAUUACCUCAGUUAUGGCUACAGAUCCUGAUCUGGAAGAAAAUGGACAAGUUACUUACACCAUUUUAGAGAACUAUGUGAUAGGUAGCUCAAUCACCACCUAUGUAACAAUAGACCCUUCUAAUGGUGCAAUAUAUGCUCUUCGAAGUUUUGACCAUGAAGAUGUAAACAAAAUUAUAUUUGUUGUCCAAGCCAGAGAUGGAGGAACCCACCAGCUCAUAAGUAAUGCCACAGUAGUGUUAACCAUUAUUGAUGAAAAUGACAAUGCCCCUGUAAUUCUAGUCCCUGCUUUACGCAAUGGCACAGCCAAUAUAUCUGUUCCUAAGGAUGCAGAUUAUGGUUACUUAGUUAGCACUAUAAGGGCAAGUGACAGAGACUCCGGCAUCAAUGCAGAACUGAGUUGUUCAAUUGUAAGUGGUAACGAAGAUAGACUGUUUACUAUUGACUCAAGGAAAUGUGACAUCUAUACAAAUGCUAGUUUGGAAACAGUUCAUUUCUCUGGGAGAGAUCUGCUUGUGAUGGUUCAGGACAAAGGCAGCCCUCAGCUGAGUAGUACUGCAUUAUUAAAACUGGGACUAUUUGAAAAUGUGCCUGACAUGCUUAGCCCAGCUCCCACAACUAGAAUACAAUCCUCCCUUGAUGUGUCCAUGAUUAUCAUUAUUUCUCUGGGUGCCAUCUGUGCCGUUCUUUUGGUGAUCAUGGUAGUUUUUGCUGCAAGGUGUAACAGAGAGAAAAAAGACACAAGAUCAUAUAACUGCCGUGUAGCUGAGUCCACUUAUCAACACCAUCCAAAGAGACCUUCACGACAGAUUCAUAAAGGAGAUAUCACACUUGUGCCCACCAUGAAUGGCACAUUGCCAAUUCGGUCUCACCAUCGGUCCUCCCCAUCUGCAUCCCCGACUCUGGAGAGAGGUCAGAUGAGCAGCCGUCAGAGCCAGCACAGUCGUCAGUCACUUAACAGCCUGGCAACUAUUUCAUCAAAUCAUGUACCAGAGAGUUUUUCCUUGGAACUGACACACACCACACCACCUGUUGAGGUUUCUCAGCUUUUAUCAAUGCUACAUCAAGGUCAAUACCAACCAAGACCAAGUUUCCGUGGAAACAAAUAUUCCAGAAGUUACAGAUAUGCAUUACAAGACAUGGAUAAGUUCAGUUUAAAAGACAGUGGUCGUGGUGACAGUGAAGCAGGAGAUAGUGACUAUGACCUGGGCAGAGAUUCUCCAAUUGACCGACUUCUUGGUGAGGGGUAUGGUGACCUUUACCUUUCUGAGGGGCAUCGAUUACCUGUAGCAAUGAGGCUAUGUACAGAUGAAUGCAGGGUGCUGGGUCAUUCUGAUCAAUGCUGGAUGCCUCCUCUGCCUUCUCCAUCUUCAGACUAUAGAAGCAACAUGUUUGUUCCUGGGGAGGAUGGCCAACAGCAUCAGCAGGAGCAACAACAGCAACAACAGCAGCAACAACAGCAGCCGCAGCCACCUGAUGAGGAGUGUCAGCCUGCUGAGACAAUUGAAAGGAAGAAAAGCUUCUCCACAUUUGGCAAGGAGUCCCAGGAUGAAGAGAACAGUGACCUUAGUACAACCUCUCUACUUUCUGAAAUGAACAGUGUUUUUCAGCGCUUGCUGCCUCCAUCGAUAGAUACGUUUACUGAGUGCAAUGAAACAGAGAGAAUGAAUUCUUUGGAGCGCAGGAAGGGACAAGUAGUAGCAAAGCCACCAGCCUACCCAUCAGGAGUGGCAGCUUGGGCAGCCAGCACUCACUUCCAAAACCCAGGGACCAAUGCUGGACCACCAGGUGGGACGCAUCUGAGUGCACAACCCUCUUCCAAAUGGCUACCAGCCAUGGAAGAAAUCCCUGAGAACUAUGAAGAGGAUGAAUUUGAUAACGUUCUCAGCCAGCUUAGCGUUAGCAGAAGUGACAGUAAGCAUGAACUUAUGGAUGCCAGUGAGCUGGUAGCAGAAAUUAAUAAACUAUUGCAAGAUGUCCGGCAAAGCUAGACAUAUAUUUAUUGUGGUAUUUUCCAUUUUUAUGGAAACUGGCAGAAAAACAAACUGGGAUUGCCACUCAGUUGCAUUUAUCAUGUAAAUGUGUCUGUGUAUGUUAAAUAUUUGAAUAUGUUGUAUUUUCUUGUCAUGUAUACAACGUACACAAUGCAAGUGUAAUAACCUCUGUAUUUUAAAAAUACAUUUGUAUCCUUAUAUUUAUAUAUAAUGCUUUUAAAAAGAAUAAAAAUCUAUUUUUGUAUUUUGCUGACACAAAUUAAUGUCAAAAAGAAAACAAAUGUUAUUUGAUUCAAAUGGUACUCGAUAAUGCACAUCACAAAUAUGAACACUUAACAUUCUAUUGUUAAAAAAGCCGAGACAAUUUUAAGUGCACCCAUUUUUAAGGGUCCACAUGAAAACAUGAAAAAUGUCAUUUUUUGGUAUCAUGUGAAAGGCAGGCUGAACUGCUGUGCUUCUUCACUUCCAGACCAGCACCACUAACUAACAUAAGAGAAGAAGAUGAAAACGUGUUCUGAUGCAUUUACAUACUGGCUUUAAAAGUAAAAGUCAAAACAGCUGCUCCUCUAUCCUUAUACCUUCACCUCAACACAUAAAUAACACUUUCCUGACAUCCACUGGGGGAAUACAUCAGCUGAAACGCCAUUGUUAUUAUUUUUACUAGUAGAAGCUCUCUCACACAGUCCGCAGACAGACCUUUUGACAUGACAGAUGGAAGUUUGUAAAUGUCUUUGUGCACACAUGUUUCUAUAUUUUUGCCAAGGUCAUUCUGCCUUUGUCUUCUGUGCACCUGCUUGUUUUCUCUU